AUGUCUAAUCAAGCGCCGGCUCCAGGACCAGGCGCGGCUGGCUCUUAUGCAGGGCAGCCAGCAACAUCACCAGCCGGCCCGCCUGCUGCCGCCACGACUGCAACGACCGCCACUGGGGGGGCCAUGUCGAAUCAGAAUCUCAAUCAAAUUGUGACAGAUUACCUGCUCAAGAGAGGGUUCAACAGGACAGAAGAGGUGUUCCGCCAGGAGUCGAAACAUCUCGGCACUGAUGGCAAGCCAGUCCAGCAACUAGCCAUCCUGGGUCCAAAAAAGUAUGCAAGAGCAUUCCGACUUUUGAAAGACUGGGUCGAGAACAAUCUCGAGAUUUACAAGUUUGAGCUCUCGAAGCUUCUCUGGCCGAUAUUUGUCUACUCCUUCAUCGAGCUGGUCGGAAAUGGAUAUACGGAGGAGGGCAAAUCGUUUCUUAAAGAGAUCGGCCAGAAUUUCCAGGCGACUCAUGCAGACGAUCUGAAGACGUUUUCAUUAAUCACGCUCCCGCAACAUGUCAACGAAAACUCAGUGACCAAGUUGUACAAGGAGAACAAAUAUCGCAUCCCCCUGAACCAACACGCCACUGGCGAUCUCUUCAACUUCCUCGAGCGCGAGUCUGACCAAGGCGGAUCUGUCAUCCGACAGCUGCUCGUCACAUAUUGCCAGAUCGACUCCACUGCCCGCGGGCCUAUCACGCCCUUUAGCUUUGAAGCUGUCUUCAGGAGGAGUAAGAAUCUGGAACUGGAGGAGGUGGACGCAAAGGAAGGUAUUCCGGGUGUCAACAUCGGCCUGUCUAAUAAGGACAUUCUGGACCCAGCUGCGCCUCUCAACCUUGGCCCUUUGCCUAUGGACCCCGAUCUUCGCGAUGAUCUUCGAGCCGAAAUCGAAGACGAGGAAAGGCGGAACCCCCCCAGCGGCCCCAGCCUAAUAGAGGAACUUGAUCAAAAGAUCAAGAGAGAAGAGAGCGCAGACGCCCCGAGCCGAUCCGAUCUACCAUUGCCGCCAUCACGCCCACGAGACAUCAUGCUCGAAAUGCAAAAGCUGCGGGAAAAUAGGGACAGGUUCAAGAUCGAGGGUCGGACAGGUGGUGUGGGCGUGCCCGUGAGCGCUUGCAUGUUCACCUUUCACAACACACUCGGAAGUGUGUCCUGCUUGGAGUUCUCCGACGAUGGACAGCUCGCUGCCGUGGGCACAACUGAGUCCUACAUCCGCGUCUGGUCUCUGGAUGGCUCUGCGCUCCCGAGUUCAAACGCUCACGAGAAGGGCGCCAAGUUCAACAGUCGGAAAUUGAUUGGACAUUUUGGGCCCGUAUACGACAUUUCGUUUUCCGACUCAGCCUCAGGACCUCCGCAGAAACUGUUUGGUGACGAGGGCCGGCAGAACCCGGCGAUCGAUGGGCGGCCGAAGCUGCUACUGUCAUGUUCGGCGGAUGGACAGAUCCGGCUCUGGUCACUCGAGUCUUGGACAUGUCUAUGCGUGUACAAGUCGCACGAUGGACCUGUCUACAGGGCCCAGUGGAGUCCCCACGGGCAUUACUUCUUGAGUGGCGGCUACGACAAGGUUGUUCGGGUGUGGAUGCAGGACCAUGCCUCGCCUCAACGGCUGCUUGUUGGGCACGACACAUCCAUCUCGGCUAUUGCAUGGCAUCCUAACGGCAUGUACGUCUUUUCGGCGUCUGAUGAGACGGACAAGACAGUCCGCAUGUGGUCAGUGGUGACGGGAGCGUGCGUUCGAGUGUUCACAGGCCAUACCGAUCACAUCAGCGCACUGCGAUGCGCGCCGAACGGCAAGAUCCUAGCCAGCGCCGACAUUGCCGGCAACAUCUUCUUCUGGGAUCUCGUUAAGGGGACUCGCAUCAAGCGCUCUCGCGGCCACGGCAAGGGGGGCAUCUGGUCGCUCAGCUUCAGCGUCGAGUCCAACAUACUAGCCUCCGGAGGCCAAGAUGGCACGGUCCGGUUGUGGGAUGUCGAGUCACCGGCGGACCCUCAUAAAGCCGCUCAGCAGAACGCUUCGGGGCAGCCGACCAGCACGGGGACAACCACGGGUACCAAGAAGAAGAGCAAAGAGGUGAUGAUUACUCCCGACCAAAUCUCUUGCUUUCCCACAAAGAAGACGCCUGUGAUCAAUGUCAAGUUCACUCGGAUGAACCUCGUCAUGGCCGGCGGAUGCUACGACCCCGAGCGAUGA